AUGCAGCCCUCCCCGACUGUCUCCGGUGGUGAUACCACCACCACAACCACAACCACCGCCGCGGUAUCGGCUACGAAUACAAACACAACUUCCUGGACCCAGAACCUCAUGACCUCCAUUCGAGACUUUUUCACGCAGGAACCGGCCUCGGAACCCGAGUCAGAUGCUUUGGCUGGAUGGGUUGUGGACUUCGAAGUCGACAGUCUUUAUUUUCGGGAGUUUGGGAGGUCUAGGGAACUGUGGACAUUCAAGUUCAAGUUGUUUAUUGUUGAUACCAUUUCGGAGAAUGGUCGCCCUGCGGGACGGCACAUUGCAAAUUAUGACACGCGGAUAUAA